CAAUCGAUCAAUCAACGGAGACGAGCAAAAGCAAAGACUUGCAGAAGAAUAAUGGCGGAAGAGGAAGGGAAGAAGAAGCGGGUGGCGGUGGAGUCGCUGGGAUGGCUGACGGAGUCCUCCAUCAUGCCGAAGAAGCACCGGGAGAUCGCCGGUGUGGGCGCCACCUCCAUCCUGGAGCUCAAGGCCCAGCUCUACCGCUCCCAGGAGGACGUCAAGAAGUCCAAGGAAUUGGGCGCCCCCGACGCGGAGUUCCACCGCGCCAGGAAGAUCCUCCCCGCCCCUAACCUCUUCUCCGCCAAGAACUCCGGCGUCGAAGCCCGCGCUCUCAAAGACAAGCUUGAGCUGAAAGCGGUAAAGGAUGGCACGAAUAGCUAUGAAGCAUUAGAGAGGAAAGCUCAGUUAUAUGAGAAGCUAGUUAGAGGCGAGCUGUCCGACGAAGAAGAUAAGGAGAAGUAUUGUGUAGACUUCUUCCAGAAGAACCUUGAGCACAGUGAGGAACCACAGUCACGGGGCCAUGAAAACCCUGCAGCGGAAUCGUCGGAAAAUGAUGAUGAUAAUGAUGCUCCAGAGCUAUUUAACACAAAAGUAGAGGGUCCAGGGAGAACAUCUCGGGUCCUGGAUAAUGAUGAACACAGGCGCUUUGUUCGGGAAGUUCAUGCAGAAGUGAAUCAAGCACGAGAGAAGGCCUCGGAGCUCAAACAGCGGAGGCAAGAGCAAGCGACGGCACGUCGUGAGAAACUUCGGCAGGCUUAUCUCAAGAAACAGCUGGAAAAAUUGAGAGCUGGUUCCACCACUACAGAAAAGACGUGAUUGUCGACAAACACUAAAUCGUAGGGCGGUCAUGUUUCUUUCAUAUCUCUAUUGCAGCAUGGGACAUGCUUCCUCUUAAUUAGUGCCCAGGGGUAUCUUCGAUUUAAUCCGAUUAAGGGGAUUGUCAUGUUGGCAGAUCAUUGUAAGUUUCAUUGUUCAUAUAUUCUGCUCCCUUCUGUUAUAGCAUUGUUUGUAAGUCAAUUUUGCGAGUUCUAAGGCAACUGGCUUCGCAUAUAUUCUCAUGGCAAUGAUCAGAUAUAUCGAUUGCAUAUUUUAUUA